AUGCAACCGGGAGAAUCAAUCCUCGACUUGCAAAAAAGAUUCGUGCAUUUGACAAAUCACUUGAAAGCACUUGGUAAUACACUAACUAAUGAUGAACUUAAUCUUAAAGUGCUUAGGUCUUUAACAAGAGAAUGGCAACCCAAAGUGACGGCAAUUUCCGAAAAGAAGAGUUUAUCAACAAUGACAUCCGCUACUUUAUUCGGAAAGCUUCAAGAAUAUGAGACGGAACUUGGACUAUUGGAGAAACAUGAGGUCCAAGAGAAGAAAUCCAAGAGCAUUGCCUUAAAAGUUGAUUCCAAAUUUGUGAAGAAAGAAGACAAUCCCGAAGAGGACGAAAACUUUAUGCUUCUUGUAAAAAGACUAGGAAAACAUUUUGGUGCAAAAAAUAAUAUUGGAAACUCUAGUUACACAAGAAGAAAGAAGUUCUCAAAGAACAAAGAAAGAGAAGCAUCAACAUCCAAAGAAGACAUUACAUGCUAUGAAUGUGGAAAACAAGGUCACAUCAAACCAGAAUGUCCCAAACUCGCAAAGAAUCGUGACAACAAAGGAAAGAAGGAUUACAAUAAGAAGGCCUACAUUGCUUGGGAUGACAAUGAAAUAAUUUCUUCAUCGGAUUCCGAUAGUGAUCAAAGCGCAAAUCUAGCAUUGAUGGCAUCACAUCAUUCCAACGAUGAAGGCGAUGAGGUUAGUAAUAACUUUUCAAUUUUUGAUAAUGAUGCUCAAGGAGCAAUUGAUGAACUUUUAAGUGAAUGCAAAAUUCUAUACAAAACCAUUUCAUCUCAAAAGAAUCAAAUAUCAACUUUGGAAGAAAAUAUUGAGAAAAUGAAAAAUAAUCUCAAAGAUGAAAAGGAAGAAUUAAUCAAGAAUUUUGCAUGCACUAAAUGUGAGUCACUUGCUUUUCAAAUAGUUCAAUUGAAGAGAGUUAUUGAAAGAUAUGAAAAAGGUCAAAUCGGAUUGGAACAUGUUCUUAGUAGUCAAAGAUACUCAAAUGAUAAAAUUGGUUUAGGUUAUUCAAAUUUUGCUAAACAAACUUCUAACAAGACCAUAUUUGUAAAAGCUAAAGAACAAAUUCCUUUAGAUAAAAGUAACAAGCCUAAAGUGGUUCAUCAAUAUAAUAAUAGGAAAAGGAACAAAUCUUAUUAUAAAAAGAAAUCUUAUCCCCUAGAUAUAAAAUCAACUUUGAGCCUACAUGUUUCUAUUGUGGUAUGCUUGAAGACCUCCUCAAAUCAAUGGUAUCUUGAUAGUGGGUGUUCAAGGCACAUGACGGGUGACUUAAACAAAUUUUCACAUCUAACGCUUAAGGCCAAAGGAUAUGUUACUUAUGGUGACAACAACAAAGUGUCUCUUGGCAAACAAUAA